AAAAAAAGGGAAAAAGAGACGAAGAAACCAAAAAGCAAAUAACGAUUGUUAUGUCCUUCCAGCUUUCAUCCCAUGUAAAAAACUGGCAUGCUUGGCGGUCACCAUCCCACGCCACCCUAUUCCCUGAAUAUUCAAAGUUUGUGCAUUUGGAGCUUCUUUUGCUCGAUCCCAGAAUGCGCAAAAACCUUCAAGAUUAGGGAUUUGGAGAAAAGGAAAAAUCUUUGUGGGUUCGUGGGUUGGCUGUUUCCUGAGGAUCCAAUUUCUAGGAACUAUUCCCAUUCUGAUGCUACGAGCUUGGUAUUGCAUUUCUUGAUUUUAAUCCCAAAUUUUGGCUUUUCUGGGGGGAGAAGGCAAAAAAAAGAAAACAAUUGUGGAGGAGGGUGGCCCCUAAAAUUGAUUUUUGGAUGAAUUUUAGAUGUGGGUCACUAGAAUUCUUGGCAGAAAUUCUAUGAAUGUGACACUUGAAGUGCUGUGCAUUGGGGAAUGUCUGGCAUUGAUGAUUGUUGCUUCAAAGACUUCAGCUUUGGGCUAUUUUGAGCAAGGGGGACGGUUUUUAGGUUCUAGUAAUGAUAUGAAAAGUGUUGAAUGGGUUUUGGGUGCUGAUUUAAGAACAAAUGUAUGUCAAGGGAGUGCUUGUGUAUAUUGUGUAUGUGUUUAUGAUUGUCACUUUAGGAUCAGCAAGCCAGGAGAAGGAGAACAUGUCAGAAGAGGCCAAACAGGAUUUACUUGCCAGUCUAAUAAACUCUGGGGAGAUUAAUCAAGAUAAGGCUGAGCUAGUAUGGCUAAACUGUAGGAUAGAGUUGAUAGAUGCCAUGGCAACAGUUCAAGAUCUCGAGUUUUACAUCCAAGAGAACAAAGGGAACAAUGGAAUCGUUUCCAAAGGUAGGUCAAGAACCAAAGACGAUAAGCAGAAAUUUAUAGAUUUCUUGCACCCGCUGGUUAAACAAACCCUUGAGGAUUGUUUAUCGAAGAAAAAUCUGAUGUUUCUUGUGUCUGGAAAGGGAAAGGGUUCAAAAGCUUGGUAUACCAGGUUUAUGGACAGUUUGUUUGCUAGGCACAGCGUGGCUAAACAGUCUGAAUUGAUUCAGCGGUUUGUAGAGUCCCCUUUUCCAUACCACAAAGUGGCAUCACGCAGUCCAGGACAUCCAAGGCCUAAAGCGUUUAAAUCUGAACUGCAUGAUGAUCCUGAUCAGUCAAGCUUAAAGCCUGGGGCUCGUGUGCUUUCUCAAGCGUCGGAUGCAGCAUCAAUCGAAGCUAAACACACGCAGACACUGAUUAUCGCUGUUACUGUGACUGCUGCAGUCACGAGUAUUGUAGUUUCCCUGUUUUUUAUAUGUUAUUUGAAGGUUUUCUCCAAUGGACCGGGGCUGGGACCAAACGAUGAGAAGCCUCUUUUGAGCCUAAGCAGAAAUGACUUCCCUGCUUCAGCUUCACAGAAGGUGCCGCCUUAUGGGAAUUCAUUAAGCAACAGAAAUCAUUCUGUUUCUAAGAACUCGGGUGAAAACAUGGGCGAAAAUUUGUCCAUGGACCCACAGGCUGAUGAAAGUAACUCCAAAUUAGAAGGUCCUGUAGGAAGUAUUUCUAGUGUUUGUGCCAACUCUGUAGAGGACUCUGCACAAGUGGCGCCUGGUUUAGGCACAGUUGGAUUGCCCUCGCUAAAGCCUGGUUUAGGCAAAGCUGGAUUGCCCUCGCUAAAGCAUGGUUUAAGCAAAGUUGGAUUGCCCUCGCUAAAGCCUCGUUUAAGCACAGUUGGAUUGGGCUCGCUAAAGCCUCCCCCAGGUAGGGUAGUUCCUGAAGAACCUCCUCCGGGAGUCCCUCCUCCUGAUGAAGCUGCUGCUCCUUCACCGCCAUCACCUCCUCCCGAGGAAGCAGCUGCUGCACUGCCACCUCUGGAAGAGGAAGCAGCAGCUCCUUCACCGCCACCUCUGGAAGAGGAAGCUAAACCUUUACCGCCACCUCCUCCAGACGAAGCUGUACCGCUUCCACUAAAGCCUCCACCUGGUAGGGUAGCUCCUGCAGUACCCCCUCCACUAGUCCUUCCACUAAAGCCGCCCCCUGGUAGGGUAAUUCCUGCAGUACCACCCCCUUCAGCACUCGCUCCUGAUGGAAUUCGUCCACCAUCUCUGCCUCCUCUACAAAUUGGUGGUCCUCCCCCACCAUCACCCCCAGCCCGAGGUAAUGGCCCUCCUCUCCCACCACCUCCAGGGUGUGGCUUUGGCCCUCCACCGUCUCCAGGCAGUGGCUCAUAUCCACUGCCAUCUCCAGGCAGUGCCCCACAUCCACCGCCAUCUCCAGGCAGUGGCUCAUUCCCACCAUCUGGUGCUGGCCCAUCACUGUUGCGAGCCCCCAGUGCUGGCCCACCACCACCGCCACCUCCCGGCGGCGGUGCUGACCCAUCACUGAUGCGAGCCCCUAGUGGUGGCCCACCACCACCGCUACCUCCCGGACUGAUGCGAGUCCCAAGCGCUGGCGGACCACCACCUCCACCAGGCGGUCUUGCUUCACCACGUCCACCUCCACCGGGUAUGAAGCUGCCUCGGCCUCCAUCUGUUGGAGCGUCUCGUCCAGCGGGCCCAACGGGUCCACCUAAAACUAAACUAAAGCCAUUCUUCUGGGAUAAGGUUCUAGCCAACCCUGAUCAUGCAAUGGUUUGGCAUCAGAUAAAAGCAGGAUCUUUCCAGUUUAAUGAAGAGAUGAUAGAGACUCUAUUUGGUGCUCAAGAAAAAAAAGACAAAGAUACCAAGAAAGACACUUCAGCCAAAAAACCUGCAAGCCUGUUUAUUCAAAUUAUUGAUCCAAAGAAAGCACAAAAUAUAUCAAUUCUCCUAAAAGCUUUAAAUGUUACAACAGAAGAAGUUUGUGAUGCUAUUAAAGAAGGAAACGAACUUCCACCUGAGCUAAUUCAAACUCUGCUGAGGAUGGCCCCGACGUCUGAUGAAGAGCUGAAGCUGAGGCUCUAUACUGGCGAGCUUACUAAACUAGGGCAUGCAGACAAGUUCAUGAAAAUCAUAGUUGAAAUUCCAUUUGCCUUUAAGAGGCUAGAAACACUGCUGUUCAUGUGCACACUUCCGGAGGAGGCAUCAGCGGUUAAAGAGUCGUUUAAAACCCUAGAGGAUGCUUGCACGGAACUGCAGAAUAGCAGGCUGUUUAUGAAACUCCUCGAGGCUGUUCUGAAAACUGGCAAUCGGAUGAACGAUGGGACAUACCGAGGUGGAGCACAAGCAUUCAAACUUGACACGCUACUAAAAUUAGUAGACGUGAAAGGGGUAGAUGGCAAGAUCACGCUCCUGCACUUUGUCGUUCAGGAGAUUAUCCGCACAGAAGGCAUGAGAGCUGUGCGGGCAGCCAAGGAGCUAAGGAGCAUGUCGAGCAUCAAGUCUGAAGAUCUAGUCCAUGAUGUCCCCAACGAUUCCGAGGAGCAUUUAAGAAACAUCGGUCUCCAGGUUGUGUCGGGCCUGGCAACCGAGCUCGAGAAUGUGAGGAGAGCUGCAAUUAUUGAUGCAGAUAACUUGCAAUCAACAGUUGGAAGGCUAGGCCAAGGGCUAUUACAAGCCAAGUCAGUCCUAAACUCAUUAAUCGAUAAUGUACCCCCAGACGACCCGUUCUACCAGACACUGCAGGCUUUCGUGCAGGAUGCCGGGGUUGAAGUCGCAUUUCUGCUCGGGGAGGAGAAGCGCAUAUUUGCCCUCGUUAAGAGCACAUUCGAUUACUUCCAUGGGAAUAACGCCAAGGAUGAAGGUUUAAAGAUUUUCAUUAUAGUUCGCGAUUUCCUAAUUAUACUAGAGAAGGUAUGCAAAGAGAUCAAAGCUGCACAACUGGCAAAGCCAAAGACAUAAUCUCAAUCAUCAUCACCAUCAUCUUUCUGCAACUAUGAGUUAUGGUUCUAGUUCAGACCUCUUUGGUUAUGAAGACUUCUUACUUCUUAGUUGUGUAUAUAGGUAUGCAAAUGAGCAUAUCCUUUGUUUAACAAUCUUUCAAUUUAUUAUGAAAAAAAAAAAUCAAUCUUUGAUUUAAUUUAAA